CUUAUGAUUGGAAGUGGUUUCUCUAGUAUUCUGAUAGUUUAAGUUCUUUCUCCAUCGCGGCAAGAUGGGUAUUUCUCGGGAUCACUGGCAUAAGCGGAGAGCCACUGGUGGAAAAAGGAAGCCCAUUCGCAAGAAGAGGAAAUUUGAGUUGGGACGUCCAGCUGCAAAUACCAAACUUGGCCCACAGCGAAUUCAUACUGUCCGUACACGUGGAGGUAAUAAAAAAUACAGAGCACUUAGAUUGGACGCUGGAAACUUUUCCUGGGGUUCUGAAUGCAGUACCAGGAAGACUCGUAUUAUUGACGUUGUUUACAAUGCGUCAAAUAAUGAACUAGUACGAACCAAAACUUUGGUGAAGAACGCCAUUGUUACCAUCGAUGCUACACCUUUUAGACAGUGGUAUGAAGGUCAUUAUGUACUGCCACUGGGUCGCAAGAGAGGCGCUAAACUUACGGAAGCUGAAGAAGAAGUAUUGAAUAAAAAACGUUCUAAAAAAGCAGAAUCCAAAUACAAGGCAAGACAACGAUUUGCCAAGGUUGAACCUGCUUUGGAAGAACAAUUUGCAACGGGACGUGUUCUUGCUUGUAUAGCAAGCAGGCCUGGACAGUGCGGUAGAGCUGACGGUUAUAUUCUUGAGGGCAAGGAGCUUGAGUUUUAUAUGAGGAAGAUUAAGAGCAAGAAAGCUAAAUAAUUAUAAUUAUGAUUCAUUAAUAAAAAACGAGCUUGAAAUACGAAAAAAA